CCCCGUGCGGUAGAAGCAUCAAAAAGUGAACAGUUCCGAUAUUCAUAGAUUCCUGAUAAAAUCCUAACUUUGAGUUUGUAAAUCAGUAAUCACAAGAUACAGUGCUUAGUCCGGCAGCCGGUGCACUUGGAAUUAAUCUCAGAAGGUUUUAAUUUCAGCAAACUUUAUCAGUGACAAUCAUGAGCAAGAAAACACCCGCAAAGAACGACGGACCCGUUGAAGAAGCCGGGGAAUUCUCCGUUGAAAAGGUUGUCGACCGGCGAGUUGUGAAUGGAAAGGUUGAGUAUUAUCUCAAAUGGAAGGGAUAUCCAUCCAGUGAAAAUUCUUGGGAACCAGAAGAGAAUGUAGACUGUCCUGAUUUGGUCCAAGCUUUUGAAGAAACAAGAAAAAAGAAAGAGAAGGAAGGUUUAUUACCAAAUACAGCGAAAGAGGAAGGCUCGAGCAAGAAAGGACGUAAGUCGACGGCAUCUACAGAUGACAAGGCACCCGCAGCAAAAAGAAAGUCGACUGGUGGUGAAGACAAAAAGAUAGGAUUCGAUCGAGGUCUAGAACCAGAAGAAAUUCUUGGUGCCACUGAUCACAACGGACAACUAAUGUUCUUGAUGAAGUGGAAAGAUGCAGCCAACGCUGAUCUCGUGCCAGCCAAGCAAGCAAAUGUCAAGUGUCCGCAAGUUGUAAUCAAAUUCUACGAAUCACGCCUGACAUGGCAAACGUCUGAGAAGAAGAAUGAUUCGAAAGAUGAUUACGCCUAAACAAGUAUCAAAUAUUAUAGAAGCAGUUUAAUGAUAAGAGUAUCGGUAAAGUGAAUCUAUUUUAAGUAUCUCCGUUUUUCUGUAAUUUCACAAAGCAGCCAACAUUUGAACCAUUUGACACACUUUUUAGGUGACCUAGGAUCACCAAUCAAGUGAUUUUCAAUAGUAGUUUGACUUGCAGCAAAACGAUGUUUAUUUAUACAUUAAUGAGCUAGACAGAUUAUUUUCUUCAAAUAUUAUUCCUACAUCCAGGCGACCAGAAAUUUUGUUAUUUUAGGUAGUUUUUUUUAUCUCUAUGAUAUAAAUGCGUUAUUUUAUACGAAGUCGAAUUAUCAAAACAUACAGUUUGCGGUUGAUAUAAUACUGUUUAAUAUCGAACAUGGCCGGCGAAAUGUGUAUAAUUUUUUUUGCAACAAUUACAAUUAACUCGUAUCAGAAUGGAAACACUUGCCCUCAAAUCGUUUAAUCUUGUAUGAGUAAAGCUACAUUUGUGGAACCAGAAUGGCGGAAAUCAUUGUGUUUGUCUAUGAGGAAUACAAACCUAAAUUGUAUGUAAGGAAAUGAACAUUUAAAUACUAAUAUCAAUAAAAAUCAAUAA